UCUCCCCGCGGGCGGCAGGGGGCGCGCGCCGCGGAACUCCGCUUUGUGGCGGGGGCCUCCUCGGCCCGGGUAGCCGAGAGGCGGCCGGGCUCUCAGCCAGGAGCCGCCGUCGCUCGAGCUCCGGAGCGAAAUGGUCGCCGGGCCUCCGCGCGUCCCGUGAAGGGUCGGGAGCCACGCGGGGAGGAGAGGUUGGGACACGUUCGCGUCGCCUGCUGGAGGAGCUAAGCCCUGACUUGCCUCCAGCUGGGGCUAUUUAAACCCGGCCUUUUCUGCAGCCGUCUGCUGCCGGCGAGCGGAGAGGGGACACCUGUGGCCUCCCCGACUACGGCGCCUCUCCUGCGUGGAUCCACGCCAAUGUGCAAUAUCAACAUGUCUGUGUCUACUGAUGGUGCCGUAAGCACCUCACAGAUUCCAGCUUCGGAACAAGAGACUCUGGUUAGACCAAAGCCAUUGCUUUUGAAGUUGUUAAAGUCUGUUGGUGCGCAAAAAGAUACUUAUACUAUGAAAGAGAUUAUAUUUUAUCUUGGCCAGUAUAUUAUGACUAAACGAUUAUAUGAUGAGAAGCAGCAACAUAUUGUGUAUUGUUCAAAUGAUCUUCUAGGAGACUUGUUUGGAGUGCCAAGCUUCUCCGUGAAAGAGCACAGGAAAAUAUAUACAAUGAUCUACAGAAACUUGGUGGUCGUAAGUCAGCAAGAGUCUUCAGACUCCGGCACAUCAGUGAGUGAGAACAGAUGUCAGCCUGCAGGUGGGAGUGAUCAGGAGGACCCUGUGCAAGAGCCACAAGAAGAGAAGCCUUCAUCUUCAGAUUCAUUUUCUAGACCGUCUACCUCAUCUAGAAGGAGAGCAAUUAGUGAGACAGAAGAAAACUCAGAUGAACUACCUGGUGAGCGGCAAAGGAAGCGCCACAGAUCCCUUUCCUUUGAUGAGAGCCUGGCUUUGUGUGUGUUGAGAGAGAUAUGCUGUGAAAGAAGCAGCAGCAGUGAGUCCACAGAGACCCCCUCACAUCAGGAUCUUGAUGAUGGUGUAAGUGAACACUCAGGUGAUUGGUUGGAUCAGGAUUCGGUUUCGGAUCAAUUUAGUGUAGAAUUUGAAGUUGAGUCUCUUGACUCCGAAGAUUACAGCCUGAGUGAAGAUGGGCACGAGCUCUCAGAUGAGGAUGAUGAGGUCUAUCGAGUCACAGUGUAUCAGACAGGAGAAAGUGAUACAGACUCCUUUGAGGGAGACCCUGAAAUCUCCUUAGCUGACUAUUGGAAAUGUACCUCCUGCAAUGAAAUGAAUCCUCCCCUUCCAUCCCACUGCAAUAGAUGUUGGACCCUUCGUGAGAAUUGGCUUCCAGAAGAUAAAAAAGAUAAAGGGGAAAUCUUGGAAAAAGCCAAGCUGGAGACCUUGACUCAGGCAGAGGAAGGCUUAGAUGUGCCUGAUGGAAAAAAAUCUACAGUGAAUGAUUCUAAAGAGCCCUGCACCGAGGAAGAUGAUGACAAAGAGGUCCAUGCCUCCCCGUCACAGGAGAGUGAGGACUACUCCCAGCCGUCGACUUCUAGUAGUGUUGUUUAUAGCAGCCAGGAAGAUGUCAGAGAGGUGGAGAAGGAGGAGACACAAGACAAGGAAGAAAGUAUGGAAUCUGGCUUCUCUCUUAAUGCUACUGAGCCAUGUGUGAUUUGUCAAGGGCGGCCUAAAAAUGGUUGCAUUGUUCAUGGUAAAACCGGACAUCUCAUGUCAUGUUUCACAUGUGCAAAGAAGCUUAAGAAGAGGAACAAGCCCUGCCCAGUGUGCAGACAACCAAUUCAGAUGAUCGUGCUAACUUAUUUCAGCUAGCUGACCUGGCCAUAGAAAUAGAAUUAUAUAUUUCUAACUAUAUAACCCCCAAAUUAGAUAACAUGAGUUUUAUUUUUUCUGCAUACACUAAAGCAAGAAAAGCGUCUCGGUUCAUAUAAAAUUUGUUGUAUGAUUUAUCUCCUUGAGGGUGACAAUAGUGUUUCCUUCCUUUUAGGAGAAUUUCACUUGAUUAUAUUUACAUUUGGGUUUUAAUGUAAUCUGCAUUGGCUGUGUAGCUCCUUUUCCUUUUCCAUUUUCCUUGUAUUUUAAAUACAUUCUACCUGGAAGGACUGUUGGAAGUUCUCUCCAGCUGCAAAUGAUGGGUCCAUUCUGAGAAUUGACUGCAUAAGAAGUAUUUGAUUUCUUUUUUUUCCUCUGUGAAUAUAGAACAUUUAAUUUAUUUAAUACCUCUUAUAUAAGGACGUAAAGCUGUGUGAAGGAUUGAAUAUAUAAGUUACUAAAUUCUGAAACUCCUUAGUUCUCCAGCUGUUAUGGGUGUGGGCUGGAGAGAGGAUGCUGGUAAGGCACUUGGCUAUGUAAACCUGAUGGCAUAAGCUUGAUCCCUGGAACCCUUGAAAGGAGAAGGAGGGGACCAGACCCACAAAGUUGUUCUUUGAUCUCCACACGUGCCCCAAGUGUGCACACUCUUUUAAGGUACGAGUUGUAUCUGGUGCCGUGUCUGUAAAAACAUGCACCUUAUUUUCCAGCUUUUGUCAUGAGAAGAGGGACAGGUGAUGCACUCUUGUCUCAUGUUGGAAAUUCUGAAGCACCUUCUUGGGCUCAGCUCCAUGGUUCCUGAUGUUGCCUAAGUUUCAGGCUGUACUUAAGGUUUAGAAACCAUUCAGAAAGACUAAUUCAGAACGUGGAUAAUGAGAACUCAUUUUAAAACAUGCAUAGUAUUUUAGAAUGAUUUCUCCAUCCCUGUAGAUUAACUUCUUGGUUCAUAGUCUUUGAUUGAAGGAUCCUGUAUUUUUCACAUGUUCAAGUGUAGAAAGUAAAAUCAUCUGGACUGUAAGUUUAGAGUAACUAGAGGAUGGUUUUGUACUAACCUCGUUGGCUAAAGGAAUCAAACAGAAAACCACUCCUUAUGAUGAGUCUAUUACAUCUACAUAGGAGAACAGCGAGGAAUGAUUGCUUCAGCUUUGGUAUCCGGUGACUAAGUGAAGCUACACUCUUUCACUUUGUAAUGCUGAGGUUAUAUCCUUGGGCAGUACUAGAUCCUAAAUAUUUAGGUGUGGUAUACAUACAUUAUUUAUUUGCUAAUAAAUGGUUUAUUAAAUAAAGGAUUGUUUUAAGAGGU